AUGAACGGUGACCUGGAUCUGUCUGGCUCACUCGGUGGCCUUCGCAUUGCCAACCCCGAUGAUGCUUCUCCAGAUGUUAUCAAACCAGUCUCAGCCCCGGACACUCCGCCGGCGGCGACUUCUCUCUUGCCUAGCCCACUCGCAUCGUCUGAGUUUACAGGACGGCUUACAGGACGGCUUACAGGACGGCCGCGGAAUGAGGACUACAGCCCGGUUACGCCCUCACAAACAUCGCCCUCAUUAUCCCCUCCGUCCAAGACAUCCCCUCCCUCCUCUCCACCCAGGGAGUCAUACCUGAGCAAGAACAAGCACAGACAGUCUAUCCCAGUCACAUAUCAGGAUCAACAACAAGCACAGUUUCCACAAUAUCCGACCAUGAUGCCGCAGAAUCUCCACAAUCACCAAACUAACGCUUCCCGGCCCGUGUCCUCCUUCUACACCCAGACCCCUCCUACCAGCAACCCAACCAGCGGGAUAGCUCGAGAAGGCGCCUAUCGGACUGGCGAUGACUCAAGUCGAUCAGAGGGUGUACCACGGCGGAACUCGGCGAGAGGCUCUUCCGCAGCGUUACAGGCUGGCGUUCCUACAAGAGACGGCAGUCACAGUGACAGGAAUUAUAAGCAGAGUAAUCAAUAUCCCUCAGGUAAUGGACCCGUCCCGCCUCGAAGGGUGUCUAGGGGUACACCGACACCUCGGGUGGGUGGAUCACCAGGCAACGGAAACACACCCCUCUCAACUUCCCCGUACGCUAUGGAAGGGGGACUUCUCGCGAGUAGUGAAGAAUGGAAGGAUCGAGGUGCCGCAGUCGGAAUCCAGCAAGACUAUGACGCCAAUGGAAAACCUGUUUCGAGAUAUAUCAAGAAGGGCGUGAAAGACUUCAACUUUGGCCAAACGCUUGGAGAAGGGUCUUACAGCACGGUGUUGGCAGCCACCGACAGGCAGACGCUCAAAGAGUACGCAAUCAAAGUGUUGGACAAAAGACAUAUCAUCAAAGAGAAAAAGGUCAAAUAUGUCAACAUUGAGAAGGACACCUUAAACCGGCUGACAGAUCACCCUGGAGUGGUGCGUCUGUACUACACGUUCCAGGAUGAGAGGUCGCUAUAUUUCGUGCUUGAUCUGGCAAGCGGUGGCGAAUUGCUAGGAUUCUUGAAGAGAAUGACAACCUUUGACGAAGAAUGCACAAGGUUCUAUGGCGCUCAAAUACUGGACACUGUUGAAUACAUGCAUAGACGUGGAGUCAUACAUCGAGAUUUGAAGCCGGAGAAUGUCUUGUUGGACGAUAACAUGCAUGUCAAGAUCACCGAUUUUGGCACAGCCAAAAUACUUGACCCUCCCAACACCGGUUCUGGCAGCUCAGCUUUUCAGCCAGAUGCUGCCCCUGACAAUACCCGAGCAAGCUCCUUUGUGGGAACGGCCGAAUAUGUCAGUCCUGAACUUCUUGCCGACAAGAAUGCCUGCAAAGCCAGUGAUCUGUGGGCAUUUGGCUGUAUUAUUUAUCAACUUCUGGCCGGUCGACCGCCAUUCAAGGCGGGCAACGAAUAUCAAACAUUUCAGAAAAUAGUGGCUUUGGACUAUGAAUUUCCUCGAGGCUUUCCCGAAGUCGCUCGAGAUCUUGUCGAAAGACUGCUAGUGCUAGACCCACAACGACGACUCUCGAUCGAACAUAUCAAAAACCAUCAAUUCUUCGACGGCAUCACCUGGGGCAGAGGACUUUGGCAACAGAAAGCUCCUCGAUUAAAAGCUUAUGUCCCUCCUCCUCAACCAAUAAUAAAGUUGAAUGGUACCACCAACAAUGAAGGCUACCCUUCAGAUAUCACUUCAAGUCACAGCACAAAUCCUACUCGCCUUCCACCCAUCUCGUCUAAUAAUUCUGCAUCCCGUCCUCAUCCAAGAGUAAUCACCGAGCUACCACCACCUUCUCAACUCGAUAUAGAAUGGUCCCCUGUCCUGACCCGCAACAACGAGCGCAUCCUUAAACUCGGCAAUCUUUCUGUAGAAUCCAAACCGAAAUCUGGCAGCCCUCACAGUGCCGAGGGUGGUGGAGGGGGUAAACUGUCCCGCUUCUUUGGCGGCAACAGCAGCAAAAAGAGACAACGUCUGGUCAUGGUCACGUCCAGUGGUCGUAUUAUCAUGGCUGCAGCAGGAGGUGAUGAAAAGAAGUCCAAAUCAGAGAUAUCCUUACUUCAGCCCGGUACUCAGUUCUCAACUCAAACCGACGCGAAAGGUUGUGUUUCGUGGACUAUCGAUACACCGGACAAACGCCACACCUUCGAAGACCCCAAACUCGCCAACACCUCCUCACACUCCAGCCACAAAAACAGUCCCAAAAUCAACAAAAAUCCCCCCAUCCCUCCGCCCGACCCAAACAAGGCGGACAACCCAGGUGACGGCAAUGUAGAAAGUACAGCCACUCUCUCCGCCCAAGACUGGGUUGAAACCCUCUCGCGCGCCAAAGAAAUUGCCCAGGCCUCCUCCCAAUCCGCCAUCAACAACACCAAUAGUGCAUAUGCCUCCUCGGCUUACUCGUCCGGUCUCUCCAGCCACGCCAAUACAUUAGACGCGGCGUCUGGAUUCGGUGGUUCGGGUCCAGAUGGAAGUAUUUUGGAAAACGGAUUGGGGUUGAGAGGUGGUGAUCAAAGGCUAGGUGAAGGGGGAAGAGAGAGCAGAGGCGGUAACGGGAGGGCCACAUUGACGAAACAUCAUUCGGGUCGUGAUCAUGACCGAGAUCGGGAUCGGGAUCGAGGGGGCGGUUUGGGCAUGGGAUUGGGGGCGGGCAGUGACCUGGAUGCGGUGAAUGCCGGAGGAAGUCUGAAUGGACCACCCCCAACAACCACGGGGAGGGGAAAGAGAUUCAGUAAGAGGCAGAGUAAGGGCGUUCUUGCUGCAGUUUUCUGA